UAGAAAUCGUAAUUAAAGCGCAGAGAUAACCCCCCGAAGGUGCUGCAGCGUCUCCGUGGCGGGAGCGAUUAAAAUUAAACAGCAAAAAUCCCUCAGGAGCCGUGUAUAGGAGUAUCAGAGCCAGAAUAUCCAGCCCCGGAGUGCAGGCUGUGAUUGUCCCACUGAGGCCCUUUUCUCUGGCGCUGGGUGCACAAAUUUGGGCUGAUUUGGUUUCCCUGAGCUUUGGAUCUGUGUCCUGCCAGGACGGUCCGGGGUUUGGAAUUCAGCGUGGGUUUGGAGCAGGGCCAUUGGUUCUGUGGAAUUUUGUGUAGGGUAGGUGACAUUGUCCUGCACUGAACCGCUGUGGGAAGGUUUGUGUGGGGGACACUGAAAAAGCUCCAGGAUUUGCUGCUAUUGUAGGCAAAGCUGCCAAAUUUAUUCCCCUUUUUGUUGGUUUUUUUUUUUUUUUUGUUUUGUUUUGUUUUGGGUUUUUUUUUGACAUCGUGCAAUGGUGCGGGUUGGAAGUGACUUCAGUGCUCAUCUUGUCCACGGGCAGGGACACCUUCCACUAUCCCAGGCUGCUCCAAGCCCUGUCCAGCCUGGCCUUGGAGCAGGGACCCAGGGGCAGCCACAGCUUCUCUGUGCAAAUUAAAAUAUUUAUAGAUAGGAUUUAAAAUAUUUUCUAAAAUGGAUAGUUUGAGUCGCAUUGGCAACUGAAACCAUUAUAAACCGUGCACCACUGAGGAGUCCCCACCUGGAACGUUUUACUCUAACCAUGUGUGGUUUCUCCCUCUGUUCUUCCAAGCCCCACACUAUACCAGGAGAGGUUUAGGUUGGAUUUCGGGGAAGGUUCUUCCCUCAGAGGGUACGAAUGAUGAUGACAUUCCCGGGGCUACCAGAGCUCCAGGAGUGUUUAUCCACCAGGGAUACCCAUCGUGGGAUUGUCGGGGUGUCCGUGCAGGGCCAGGAGCUGCGCUGGCUGAUCCAUCUGCGGGAAUUCCUCAUCCCUGUGCGCGUGGCACAUCCCGAGAUGGCCGAGGAGAACGAGGAGCUGCCGGCGGACGAGGAGCUGCCGGCGCCGGCCGAGGAGGGCUUUGAGCAGCUGGAGAACGACAGCCCCGCCGAGCGCAGCGGGCAUGUGGCUGUCACCGACGGGCGCUGCAUGUACGUCUGGGGAGGAUACAAGAAUGCCCAGGUCCGGGGAUUUUAUGACUUCUACCUGCCUAGGGAUGAAAUAUGGAUCUACAACAUGGAAACUGGAAGAUGGAAGAAGAGCAAGACAGAGGGAGAUGUUCCCCCCUCCAUGUCUGGCAGCUGUGCCGUGUGUGUGGACAGAGUGGUUUAUCUCUUCGGGGGGCACCACGCCCGGGGCAACACCAACAAGUUCUACAUGUUAAAUGCCAGAUCCACGGACAAGGUGCUGCAGUGGGUGAGAGUGGAGUGCCAGGGGGUGCCCCCCUCAUCCAAGGACAAGCUGGGGGUGUGGGUUCACAAAAACAGGCUGAUAUUUUUUGGAGGCUAUGGCUAUUUUCCUGAAGGGAAACAACGUGGAACAUUUGAAUUUGAUGAAACCUCUUUUUGGAAUUCAGGUCUUCCUAGAGGGUGGAAUGACCACGUGCACGUUCUGGACCUUGAAACUUUCACUUGGAGCCAGCCUAUAACCACGGGGAAGACCCCGUCCCCUCGAGCCGCCCACGCCUGCGCCACGGUUGGGAACAGGGGUUUUGUGUUCGGAGGCAGAUACAGGGAGUCCAGAAUGAACGACUUUUACUACCUGAACCUGGACACCUGGGAGUGGAACGAAAUACUCACCCAAGGCAUGUGCCCCGUCGGCCGAUCCUGGCAUUCCUUAACGCCGAUUUCCUCGGAUCACCUCUUCCUCUUUGGAGGAUUCACCACGGACAAGCAGCCCCUGAGUGAUGCCUGGAUUUAUUGUAUCAGCAAGAACGAGUGGGUACAGUUUGAGCAUAACUACUCUGAAAAACCAAGGCUGUGGCACACGGCCUGUGCCAGCGAGGAGGGUGAGGUGAUCAUCUUUGGGGGCUGUGCCAACAACCUUCUGGCCCAUUCCAAAGCUGCUCACAGUAAUGAAAUCCUUGUGUUCUCCCUACAACCCAGAUCUCUUGUCAGGCUGUGCCUCGAGGCCGUGAUUUGCUUCAAGGAGAUGCUGGCCAGCUCGUGGCACUGCCUGCCCAAGCACCUGCUGCACAGCGUGAACCAGCGCUUCGGCAGCAACAACACCUCGGGCUCCUGAGCCCGGGCGGGCACCAUUAAAGGUGUGUGCUCCACCCUUGUGUGUAGGUAGUUGCUUCUCGCCCUCCCGUGCAUGUGAAUGGCCUAGAGAGAACCUAUUUUUGUGUGAGAUGUUCCAAUAAAUGUAUUUAAUGCCAGAGCAGAUUGAGCCUGAGCUUAAGCUGCAACCAGGUCUGGGGUGAGGCCGGCCCUGAGAGUGGGGGAUGUCCAUGGGGACAGGAGCUGGGAAUGCUGAGCACUCCACAGCUCUGGAGUGUUGCUUUAGUGGAGGCUGCAGGUCGUGUUUAGUUCCACAGCUUCACGUUUUGCCACAGAUGCUUAAGGUCAGAGAAGCAGGAUCUGGAAGUUAGGAGCAGAUCUGGAAGUUUUCCCGUUGUUGGUCGAUAAACUGUCGUAAACCUUGAGAUGUUAAAGCACCACUACUCUCUGCUUGGCUGUAGUUUGGUUGGUUUGUUUUUUGUUUGGAAUUUUUAUGUUGUGGAACUUCAAUUGUGAACCUUAGGUAGCAGAUAUUCUGCCCUGCAAGUGUAACUGGGAGUGCUUGUGCCUGUUCCCGGCCCUGUGGAGCUCCCCUGCGCCUGGAGCAGCCCCAGGGAUGUCCCCAGGCUGCAGGGACAUGGAGAGGGGCAGCCCUGCGGGGACAGGGGGGACAGGGCCAGGCCGUGCUGCUGUGGGGAAGGGGGGGGGAAUUGUGUUUUAAGCUGUCUUAAAAAAAAAAAUUAAAAACGUUGACUUCUAGAACAAUUCCU